AUGGCAGCAGUGCAUGCAUUUGGCACCCUGUUGCUUGUUCUUUCCUCUCUGUUGAGCAUUGUAAUUGUAUCCUCUGAUAUCAAUUUUGUACAAAAUGGAUUUCUAGCAGCAGGCUUGAAACUUGAUGGAUCUUCUUAUCUGAGGCCUAACGCUAUACUUACCUUGACCAACGAUUCCUCAAGGAUCCUUGGCCAUGCAUUCUAUCCAUCUCCUUUACCAUUCAAAUCUAGCAGAAACAAAUCCUUUGUUGCAACCUUUAGCACUUCCUUUGUGUUCUCCAUCAUUCCCAAAUAUCCUGAACUUGGUGGACAUGGUCUUGCUUUCGUCCUAAUAUCGACCAGAGCACCGAAAGGUUGCCUUUUAAACCAAUAUUUAGGCCUCCCAAAUGAGACAAGUAAUCAAGAAUUCUCUACCAGGUUCGUAGCUAUAGAGUUUGAUGGGAUACAAAACCUUGAACUACAGGACAUUGAUGACAAUCAUGUGGGAAUCGAUAUCUCCAGCCUCAUCUCUGUGGUAUCUGAGUCAGCAGCAUACUAUGGAAAUGGCCAAGAUCUCAGCAAGAACAUUCCAAUUAAUCUCAAGAGUGGAGACCCCAUUCAAGCAUGGGUUGAUUACAAUGAAGAGAAGAAGUUGAUGAAUGUUACAAUCUCUCCUUUUGGCAUGCCAAAGCCAUAUUUCCCUCUGAUAUCUUUUCCUUUAGACCUAUCUUUGGUGUUUAAUGACUACAUGUAUGCAGGAUUUUCUGCGUCCAAUGGUUUAUUGAUAGCUGAGCAUAAUAUACAUGGCUGGAGCUUCACCAUUGGAGGAGAAAUGCAAGAGCUAAAUAAAUCAACUCUUCCACUCAUUCGAUCAAGUAGUACAAAUAACGUGGCGCAUAGAAAAGCUUUGGCAUUAAGCAUCACUCUGGCAACUCUUUCUGUCUUGGUAAUCAUAGCAGCUACUAUCAUCCUGCGCGGAUUAAGAAAUAAGGACGAGAUCUUAGAAGACUGGGAACUCAAAUAUGGAGCUUAUAGAUUUGGAUACUCUGAGCUCUAUUCAGCUACAGGAAGGUUUGGUGAGAAAAACCUUAUUGGGUGUGGAGGAUUUGGGAAAGUAUACAGAGGAGUAUUACCAACAGGACUUGAAGUAGCUGUGAAGCGAGUCGCUCCUAAUUCAAGGCAGGGAAUGAGAGAAUUUGUUGCAGAAAUAACAAGCAUGGGGAAUCUAAGGCAUAGAAAUCUGGUGCAGUUACAUGGGUGGUGCAGGAAGCAGGAUGAACUCCUCCUUGUUUAUGACUAUGUCCCAAAUGGAAGCCUAGAUGCGCUUUUAUUUGAGAAUGAUCAUCAAAAGAAGAAGUUACUAACUUGGGACCAGAGAUACAAGAUCGUUACUGGUGUUGCACAAGGGCUGCUAUACCUCCAUGAAGAAUGUCCACUGCAGGUGGUUCACAGAGAUGUAAAGCCAAGCAAUGUCUUGAUAGAUGCAGAUCUGCAACCAAGGCUUGGUGAUUUUGGCUUAGCAAGGUGUCAGGAGCACGGAAUCAAUCCGAAGACAACACAUAUAGUAGGAACACUAGGAUACAUUGCACCUGAACUCUCCAAGACUGGGAAAGCAACAAGGAGCACGGAUGUAUAUGGGUAUGGUGUACUCAUUUUGGAAGUGGCUUGUGGAAGAAGGCCAAUAGAGCCCCAGAAGACUCCCAGGGAGCUGGUAUUAGUGGACUGGGUGAGUGAACUACACUGCCAAGGGGAGAUCGGCAGAGCAGUUGACCCAAGUCUAGAUGAGUAUGACAAAGAUGAAGCUGAUCUUGUGCUUAGGCUUGGAUUGCUUUGUUGUCAUCCCAUACCUGAUUAUAGGCCUAAUAUGAGAAGAAUUGUCCAGUUCCUUCUUAAAGAAACCACCCUUCCUCCAGUUCUUCCUGACAUUUGUUGUGCCUGGGAACCUCCUAGAGCAAUGAAGGAAUAUGAGCAAAAUAUUCGAGAUGAUUCUGACCCUUUAAGCUCUGGAGUGUUCUCAUCAAACUAUUUUAGUCAUACCAGCUUUGACAAGUGA